AUGCCAGCGUUAUCCGAGAGAGAUUUAUCCAGUGUUCAAAAACUAUUUAAUGCCAUGCAGGCGGCGUUGAAGCUGACGGAGGGCCGCCGGUCCAACGCGGAGGUGGUGGCCGCGGAGGAGCAGCGGGUGUGGGCGGAGACGGCCAACGUCUUCUGGCGCAUCGCCGGCCGCCAGCAGCUCCAUCUCCUCUCGUUCCUCGCCGCCGAUGCCGCCGCGGCCCUCACGCGCCUCUGCGACGGGCUGCUCGAUUACAUCCACGCGCGCUUUGCGGCCCUCGGCGGCAGCCCCGCGCCCGGCGCCCUCCUCCGCUGCGCCGUCGCCCUCGAGGUGGACCACGUGCUGCACCUCCUCGAGGCCUUCUGCUCCCGCCGCGACUGCGCCGCGAUGCUCGGCGGCGACGCGAACAGAGACGGCCCGCGGCUGCACGGCCACGUCGUCACGGCACUCGUGCGCGGCCAACACUUCACGUGGAUGACGCGGGUCUUCGCGGCCGCCUGCGAUGAGGCACGACGCGCCGCGGACGCCAAGACACCCAUCGCCACAGCAGCCGUCACCACCGCCACCGCCGUCCUGCGUGCACUCGGACGACUGCUGCUGCUCGAUCAACACAAUAAGGCUACAGUGAAUAGUAAUAAUAACAAUAAUAGUAGUAAUAGUAAUACUACUAUUACUACUACGACGACGACAAUAAUGACAACGACGACGACGACGGUGACGGCUGUAGGCAUGGAUGCAUCCAUUUCGACGGCAGCUAUUGCUCUUGUUCGGGCAGAGCCGCGUCCACCCGCCGCUGCGCUUCUUCACGGUCUUAGACUUCGACUCGCCGCCGGUGCCCCUAUUCGACCCAUCAGACGUGAUAGCAGUAGUGAUAGUGGCAGUAGUACCGCAGCAACAAGUGCAGAGAAUAAAAUGCCCACCACAAUGGCGAAUCGGGCAGCCCUCGCACAGUAUCUAGCCGCAGGAAGGACGAAUAUUUAUGAUAUGCUCAACCGAGAAGCACUCACUAUUGCCGUAGCCGCCGUAGAGUGGGCAGCGGCGUAUGAUAGUCCAGAAGUCGUUACAGCACUCUGUCUUAUCAUUGACCUUAGUUCACGUGCCGUAACGGCCACAGAGCCACAGCAACAACAAGAAAAAGAAAAAGAACAUUCAAAAGAGAGUAAGGAUAAACCAAAGGUUCCUUUAUCUCUUCAGAUUGCUAUGUAUGAAAAUGUGCUUUUAGCAUGGGAUGCGCUUUGUAAGUUACUUCGAUCCAAUAUUGAGGGAGAGUCAUCUGCUGAAAUCACCCUUCAUCGAGAGACUAUAUUACAACAAUUUCUUAAAAAUGAUUUAGUAAACUGUGUACGACGAAUGAUGCAGCAUUGUACAUCUAUUAUCGACUGCGAAACUAUCUUUUUUAGAAAACUAAUAACUCUUUGUACACCACCUCAGUGUAGUAGUAGUAGUAGUAAUAAUAAAGCUGCAUUGACGUCAUUUGCAGAAAAUUCAGCAAAUCGAACUAUAGGUGGUAGUGAUGCCCCUAACAGUAGUAUUUGUACUCCUCUUGGGACUAAGAGUCCUCUUCUUAGUAGUGGUUUAAGUAUGACACGACCACCCACAAUGGAAACAAAUGUUCAACCUUCUUUUAGUAACAGUACUGCUCAUAGUAAUAAGUCACUUUGGUUAAGUUUUUGGCCAGGAGCUUCUCGUAGUUCUGCAACCCAUCCUCCUGUUCCUCCAUCUUCUACAUCCCAUUCCGUUACCGCUACACCUACGGCUACUGUUCCAGUAAUAAAUGCAGUUGUACGAUCAACAAAUGUUGAAGAUGAUGUUUAUUCACCAUUACCGCGUGUUUUAAGUGAUUCUGUAGUUAUUGAUCUUGAUACUCCAACUACAACGUUAGAAAUGGAUGGAAUGUGGUGGUAUAAUAAUGAGUUGUAUAUAAAACUUGUUCAUGGAUUAGUUCAGGUUCUUUGUGAUGUCUUUACAGAUAAUACGAUGCCACUUUCUUUACGGCUUUCAACCUGUGUAACUCUUGUACGAAUUACUAUGCAUAGUAAUAUUGCUUUUUCAAAAUUAGAAGGACGUAUUGUUGUACGUUUAUUUCUUAAUUUUUUGAGAGAACAAGAGAAACGAUUACGAUUACGGUCUAUAGCAUCAUCUGAGAUUCCUCUUUCCGAUAAAGAGGAAUUUUUACAAACAGUCUCUGAUACUUCCAUUACUCCAAGUAAUGAAGAUAGCACUCAUGAUUGUACAGAGGAUGAUAUUAUGUAUGCUGCUCUUGCAAAUCAAAUAAUUUCAGCACUUUGGCGAGUAUAUCAUGAAUUAAAUGAACCACCUUUAUCAAGUGAAGUUGUAGAUUUAGUAGAAUUACCAUUGCUUAUGCUUUUAUGGGAAAAAUAUGGAUAUAUUGGGGAUUCUAUUCUUUCAGGAGAAGAAGUAAAACGUAGUCUUAAAUCUCUCUUUGCACCGGUUGUUCAACUUUGGUAUACUGCUUUGGAAUGUUUUGAUGAUGAGGAUAUUAACAUAAGAUCACAUGAAGUAUUAAUGGAGUUAUUAACAAAAUUACUAAGUAUGGGAGUUAUGCCUGUUACGGAAAUGCGAUUAUUAGAUACAGAUGAUGGUACUCCACUCACCGCUUCUGUAAAUGCGAUGGCCACUAAUUAUAUCUCAACUAAUAAGACGAUGAACACUACCAAUGUCAAUAUAAAUACAGCUGCUCCUAAUUCUUUUUGUGGAAGUGGAGUAGGAGGAGUAGUUUGUAUGGAUUCCGUUCUUGCCAUGGAAUCCGAUAAUGAAAGUUCUUUAUCAUUAAAACUUGAGGCUCCACAUGUUGAAAUGGGAGAUACUGUAAAUGCUUUGAGUAAUAUAUUUACAGCUCUUUUGGAACGGAAUAUACAUUUUCUCUCUGUACAAAUGUUAGAAAAACUAUUUGCCCUUUUAUGGGCUUCAGAUGUGCGAUUAUCUAAACUAGGACGAAAAUAUAUUGCCAGUAGUCUUGAGUUUAGUGAAGUAUAUGCAUUAUAUGCAGAAGUGAUACAAAAUGGAGAAGUUUCUUUAUUAAUACAACUACUUCAACUCUUUUCAGCGGAAUUAUCAUCUAAUAAAUUAACAUCUGAGGCAAAACAUGAAAGACGUGUUUGGUUAUUUCAGUAUGGAUUUAUUAAUGCCGUUAUUUCUGUACUUGAACGUGUACUCCUUACCCCACAUCAAGUAAAUGGAUUUCCUCGUCUUAUUCAACAAAUUUUUCGUUUUCUUUCUGUAUUCGAAUCUGCACAGGGACAAGGACCUCAAUUGUUGGAUACACGUCUUAUUGAAGUCUUCUCAGAGAGAAUUGUUUCUGUGGAAGGGGCAGAGUAUUUUAUUCUUAUUGCACAAGCAGUAUUAGAUGCGGCAACAUGUAAGUAUGAUAACAUUAGAAGUCAUUCACGUCGUUUACAGAAAUAUGGACAUUUUGGUAUUCCUCUUCCAAACUGUUCUGUAGAGAAACCGGUAUUUAUUAAUCUUAUUCCGUCUUUACUACGACAUGCAAGUGAACAUGCGGCAGAUUUGGAAAAUAAUCUCCUUGCCGUUACACAUAUGAUGUUAAAAACAACAACUAAAGUUCAUUCUGAUUUACUUUUACAAUGGGUUUUAGAAACCAAACAAACUUUACUAUUACCUUAUUUAGAAGUAGAUGCUGCUUUUGUAAAUAAGCAAUUACCCUAUUUGGGUAAAAAAGAAGAAGUUGAACCUUUUUGGGCACCUAUUUUAAAAGAAGCUCCUGAACGUAGUGAAUUACGAUUUAAUUCUACAGGUGGAAUUAUUAUUACAAUGGGAGAAUGGCCAGAAAAGGGUUUUUCUAUUUCUGCUUACUUUAGAUUUGAAGAGAUUUAUAGUAAUAUGUGUCUCUUUGAAUUUAUUGAAACGGAUGUCGUUACCACACCUUCUCCAGCUUCUAUUAAUGUUGUGGGAGGUGAUAGUGUACAGGUAUUGUAUGAUGGAAAGAAAAUUCCUGUAAAUGAAAGUCAAGCCCUACAAGAUCUCACUCCACGUCGAUGGGUUCAAGUUCUUGUUGUGAUGAGUGUCGCUCGCACCGUUAGUGUUUAUCUAAAUGCCAAUAAAAUUGGAACAUGUACACUUCCAUAUUUCCGUCCACACUCUGAGGUGAGUAUUCAUAUUGGAUUUGUAGAUACUAUUGUGUAUGAUGCUCUCUUUUCUAUUGGAGAUGUUAUCUUGUGGGAUGAUGAAUUAACAACUCCGCAGGUGGAAGCCUCACUUGCAAUGACACGAUAUCAACCAAAUAUUUGUAAAAUGUUAGUUCAAGAAGUUCCACGGGAGUUAUCUGAAAUUCAUAAUGUGGUAGAGCCAAUAACAGAUCGUAUUGCCAUUUUCACUCCAUAUGAAAAUAGAGAUAUGAUGUUAUUAAAUACACAGCAAAUAGCACAGGAGAGGUAUCCUGUAAUAGCGAAAUUAACUGGAAAUUAUGCUACUCCACCAAAGAAUUGGAUAGACUAUCGAAUGCUUUUCUUAAGUCGAGGAGGUCUUUCACAUUUAUUAGAUUGGAUUGGACAAUCCACUACAGAAGAGGAAUUACGACAAUAUACUUCUAUUACAUGUAAUUGUAUUCGAAAUAUCACUAAUAAUAGUACAAUGAAUAAUCGAACGUAUAUAUUAUUAAAUUUUCAUCUACGUCGACUUGCACAUCUAAUUACACCUGCUGUUUGUGAUAGUUUACUUUAUCUAACAACUCGACAAAUACAUAUUGAUGAUGGAACUCAUCCUUUUAUUAUUAAUCGUCUUGCAUUUGAUUAUAUUUUACGAGAUGUUGAACUUCUUGCGAUGAUGCCUAUUUCAUGUGCUUUAUAUAUAACAGAACGAAUAGAAAAAUUAUUUACAGUUCUUUCUUGUCGUUAUGCUAAACGAAAUGCAAAUUAUAUUAUUCCAUUUCGUUUUGUGGAUAGUGUUUUGAAUAGUCUUGUGUAUGGAGGAAUAUCGAUUCCUUUUAUGUUGCGAUCUCGUCUCAUCUCUUGUGUGAAACAAGUGAUGAUUGCUUGUGAUUUUGAACCCAAUAUUAUCAAUGCAGUGGCCUCAACAGCUGCCAUCCUCACACCUGCAGAAAUUCCUGUUGGAAUGAAAUCUCAACAAUCUCAACAAUUACAACAAUUAAAAUCACCUUCUCAUCCACUUGUAUUACCGAGAGCCCGUUUUUCACAAGUUCGAGUUUCUCUUCGUAGUGCCUGUGAUGUAACCCUUAUGAUUCUUCGUAGUCUGUUGGAGUGUAGUAGUAAUGGUAGUAGUGUUUUUAUGACUGCCUUUGCUCGUAUUAUUGAUCUUAACUGGUUUGCGGUGUGUGUUUCCCGCUUUGCAGAUGAUUCCUGUGUUGUUUACGCCACUCGAUUGUUUUUUGAGGCUAUUCAUUAUAAUGUGGAUCUGCGUAGUGAAGUUCUUCAAUGUCCUGCUGCAGUGGUAGCGGUUCUUUCUUCACAUUGUCGGAAUGAAGAUUUAAUGCUGUUAUUAUUAGCGCUUAGUAUUGGGGCAGAUAAACAUAUUGAUGUACUUUCAUCUAAACAAUCUCUACUUGAACAGUUGGAUGGGAUAUUAAAUUCUAUUAUACCAGAGUUAGAUGCUAUUGUAGCUCCCAUAUUUUCUAAACUUCUCACAUUACAUUUAAAUGCCACGUUAAUCACACCUUCCUGUUUUAAACCAUUUGGAAUUACAUCUGUUAUGCAGAGAUGUAAAUAUUAUUCCUAUCGUCUAUACAAAUACUUUAGUUUGGCACGAGUCUGUAGUCGAUUAAUGCUUCACAUUAACAUUAAACGACUUUUAAAAGAAAAGACACAAAUGGGAAUAACAUUUCAUAAAGAGGAAGGUGAAGAAAUUACACUCUCAUCAACAUCUUCAUCACCAUAUCAUCAUCAUCAUAAUGAUAGUCAUCAUCCCUCUUCAAUGUGUUCACAUUGGCAUAAACCAGUUUUCUCACUAUUACGUGUAUGUAUAAUUCUCUAUCGUGGAAUUCAACGAAAACGAUACCGAAAACUACUCUUACAUUUCUCCAAUCACACAGCAGAACCAUUAGCGAUGGAAACAGAAGUACGUGGAACCUUUUUUGUGCUUCGCACACUUCAACAACUCUCCUGUAAUCCAAGUCUCUUUGUUUCUCUCACGUUAUCUCCAUAUCAAAUAUCGGCUUUGGCGGUGUUUGGUACUUUUCUCAAACGACAUGUAGUGGCGGCGAAAUCAGCGGAACUGCAAGACGCCGUCAGUAGUGAAGUCCGCAAAGUAGAGAAGAGAGAAGAGUCAAACACAAUGAGUGGGAGUGGUAGUGGUGUGAAGGGAAUAAGUAAAUCAACAGGUGAAGGUUCACCUAUAAAGGGAGAAAAAGAUAAAGAAAAAGAGAAAGAAGAAGAAGAAGAAGAAGAAGGACAACAACAACGAUUAAAGUUACGAACAUCUAAAGAAGAAUCUACAGCACGUGAAGAGAAGGAAAGUUCAACAACUCCAUUGGAUGUGAGUGAGGAUGGGAAUGAUCCUUUAGAGAGUACCGGAUAUGGUAAAAAAAGUAGUAUCUCAGAUGAUGAGGAUGAGGAUGAGGAGGAUAGUAAUAAUAAUAAUGUUAACAUUGGUGAAGAUGCCCGUGAUGAAUGUGAAGAGAGUGAACAUGGCGAUGAUAAUAUCUCUGAUGUAACGGAGCCACUUGCGAACACAGUUGGAUUAUUAGAUGUUUCCGCCGAUAGUGAAGAACAACAGAAAAUACGUGAACAACUCGCCGCCAAGUUAACAUUAGCAUCUAUGGAAGAAUUAGAUAUUACGGCAUCUUCAGUAUCAGAGGCAUUAGGGAGUUGUGCGGUGGAAGUCCUGCGAAGUACAAUCAUUGCUUCCUUACAUACAUUGCCAGUCACAUCUGGUUGGGUGGGUGGACAAACAUAUGGUUCUUGUGGAGGUAUGUUAUUUCAACUCAUGUUAGUAAUGGGAAUAACAUCUACUACAGAAGAGGGAACAUUUACACUUACACAAUUCUUUAUUCAACAAGUACUGCAGUGUUUGGAAAUGCAUGAUCAAUCGCUUCAUGCACCGAAAUAUAUAGUGACUGGAAAAGAAAUGAUGAGUGGUGGUGGUGGUGGUAAUAGUAAUACGAAUACGAGUAAUAUGAAUACUACUACUACUACUACUAAUAAUAAUAAUAAUACUAAUAAUAUGCAUAUGAGUAGUGAUUAUCCUUAUUCUUAUUAUCAACCACAACAACAACAACAACAACAACAUCAUCAUCAUUACUAUGAUCAUUCGACACUAACGCAUGAUACCUCUUCAUUGGAUGUCUUCUUUUUUAACGUUUGUCGUUUUAAUGAUCUCCUUGUAGAUCUUCUCUCUUUCAAUGUGUUGGAACUUUCAAAUCUUUCUCCAUACUUUAUUUCUCUCUUAACACGAGCUCCAUCUCUCUGGCCUCGCCGUUCUCUCCAACAACUACGUUCACAAGUUGUAAAGAGUUGUAUUGCCGUAUUAAACAAACCAUCUGUACAAGGCAUCACUGCAGAUCAAAUGGAACUUGUUUAUAUGUUACUUUCAUGUGUAUUAUCACCGGAGUGGAUUAUGAAAGAUAUGCUGGAAUGUCUCUUACGCGUUUUAUUUCGAGUUUAUGCGUCUAUUCCCCCAAGUAGUAUGAAUGAAGAAGAGAUUUCGAGGAGAAAGUAUACCGUGAUUAUGUCUUUACGUCUAAUGAUACGUACUUAUAGAGGAACUCGUGAAUUGCGAAAGGCCCUUUCCGCACGUACACUCACUCAACGUUUUUCUCUUUACGAUGAAUUUACUAUUUCUCUUCUUGUACAUAAUGAAACCAUUGCGGUAAAUACAUUUGAUUCUUUUUGUAGAGAUAAUAUGACUACAGUGGAUACAUUAAUGUCUGGACGGCCUAAAACUAAAGCGGAUUUGGCGUUAAAAUCACUUUUAAAAGAACGUAGUGAAUAUAUUAAUAGAAUUAAAAUAUUUAAUGAAGCCUAUACGAAAACGACAGAAAUACCAGAAAAAUAUCAAAAUUCAGAACUUAUUCGUUCUUAUAUGGCUCAAUUCUCAUCUCAAGUAGGACAUAUCUCACCAUUACAACAAUCUCAAUUACAUUGGUUAUCCAUACAAUGUUGUUCCUUUGAAAAUAAAGACUCUUCUGUACGUUUAUUAUAUUAUUUGGAUACUCGUGGAAAUUAUACAAAAGUAACCUCCGCUAAAUCUUCAGGUGAAACAGAAGUAAAUGUAUUUUCUGCAGAUACAUGUGAACAACAAUUAAAUCAUAUUUCAGCUCUUGUUCAGCCUUUUGCUAUUCGAUGUCGACCUUUUCUUUUACAUGAUCGAGUUACUUUUGUAGAUAGACGAUGUACACUUACGAACUCUGCAGUAAGUUUACUUCGCUAUUUAUUAGAACCGAAUGAAGUAUUACGUUUUAUUAGUAAUGGUUUUCGAAUUAAUGGUAUUCACGCUACACCUUGUCUUAUUAUAUUAACAAACAUUGCAUUGAAACUUAUUGGAUUUUCUCAUAUUACAGAAGCAGGAGAUAUUUUUCUCUGUAAUUGUGGACAAGGUGAGGAGGAAGAACUCAGUUACGCUUUUGGUACUAAUAUGAUUCAGCAAGCUAAACGAAAAAGACUUCCACAACAUCAAACAGCAUAUAGUUUUGCUAUUUCUAUGCGAAAUAAACUACAACGUUUUCUUACAGAUGUGAGUAGUGAUAAAAAAAAACGUGAAAAAGAAGAACGAAAAGAUGGAACCAAAGUAGCUCAAUCCGUCAGACAAGCAACUGGACACUCUUGUAGAGAUUUAUUCUGGGUUUAUCCAUUACGUAAUGUGAGAAGUGUACGUAUGGCUUAUUAUAUGCAUCAAGAUACGGCUAUUUUACUUGAGUUUAUGUAUGAUGAUGGUUUACUACUUUCUAUUGUAGAUACCCAGCAAUCUAUGAAUACACGUGCACGAGAUGUAUUUCUAAAUAUGUUAAAAGAAGUUUUAGGAACUCAACGGUGUGAAUUUCGUGAACAUUCUCAACGUAGUGCCACACUUCGAUCUAUGCUUAUUCGUUGGGCAACAGGUUCUCUCUCUACAUUUGAUUAUAUACGAAUGCUUAAUCGUGUCGCUGGUCGUACGAGAUUAGAUUAUAAUCAAUACCCGGUCUAUCCUUGGAUAUUGGCUGAUUACAAAUCAACAGAACUCGCCCUGGACUCUCCUGCAUCUUAUCGGGAUUUAUCACUUCCAAUGGGUGCCCAAACAGAAACAAGACGUCAAGCGGUAUCACGUGUGUAUGAACAAAUGGUAGAAAUGCGAGAUGCGGAUGAGAAUGUAAAAGAUCAUCAACCAUUUCAUCAUGGUACACAUUAUUCCACAAGUGGUGGAGUACUUCAUUAUCUUAUUCGUGUGGAACCAUACACAACAUUUGCUCGUAUCUUUCAAGGUGGUGAGUUUGAUGUUGCUACUCGAUUAUUUGAUUCUAUUGAGGCUUCUUUUCAAUCGUGUGUAAAUGGACCAGCAGAUUGUAAAGAAUUAACACCAGAGUUUUUCUUUGAUGGUAUGUUUCUUGUUAAUGUGAAUCACUGUGAUUUUGGUGAAAGAUCAGAUGGAAGUAUUGUAAAUGAUGUAAAGCUUCCACCUUGGGCAAAAGGAUCAACUCAAGUAUUUACGGCUAUUAUGCGAUAUACAUUAGAGAGUAGGGCUGUGGUAAGUAAUAUCCAUCGUUGGAUUGAUCUUAUCUUUGGUGUUCGAAGACGUGGGAAAUUGGCUCUUGAACGGUAUAAUGUCUUUCAAUGUAUGACGUAUGGAGAAGAAGUACUUCGGGCAUUAAAAGAAAGUCAUAAUCCUCAUGAUAUUGAUGUUAUUAUUGCAGAGGUGGAUAAUUUUGGACAAACACCAACACAAUUAUUUCAAGAACGUCAUCCUGCUCAACAAGAGUUAGAACCAGCAGAUGCAUCUCGUCGAAGUAGUUUGGCUGGUCUCGGUAUUCUUAGUGGUAGUAAUUUUGGAUCUAUCGCAGGUGGUUCUCUCACCAUUAGUACAGUUGGUAGUAAUAGUAGUAUUACUGGUUUUGGUAGUAAUAGUAGUAUUACUGGUUUUGGUAAUAAUAGUAUUGGUACUACUAACACUAAUAUUACUACUACUACUACUACUGCUGGUGUUGGUGGUGCUACUAAUACUACUACUACUGCUAAUAAUAAUAAUAAUACUAAUAGUAAUAGUAAUAAUACUGGUGGGAGUAGUGGAGUACGUGCUGGAUAUACAUAUACGAAUGCUUUUCAUGAACAGUCUCCUAAAGUAUGUUCUAUGCUUUUUCAUGCACUAGAUUCACCAAAUGCAUGGUAUUCAUUAGAUGAUCCCGCACCAGGAACUUUUCAAACACCUCCUGCAUAUCUUGCAGAUAUAUUUCAUCUUCAUGAAAUGGCAGUAGUGGAUUUUGUUACUAUGCGAGGUGGGGCAAAAAUGUCUUGUUAUAAAUAUUUUACACCUGUAGAUGAUACAGAAGAAAUAAUUUGCUGGAAUUCUGGUGAAAAUCUUCUUAUGCGGUUUGAUCUUAAUGAUGGAAGAUUUCUAUCUACACUACGUUUUAAAUUAGCUAUGAAUGCACCUGUAAGUGUUAGCAUGAUUCGAGCUAGUUGUAGAGAAUCUCUUAUCUUAAUUGGAUCUAAUAGUGGUACUAUAUCAUGUCUUAGUCCUAAUGCAGAUAAUGAUUUAGUUUUAUUAAGUGCAACUCUUUGUCAUCAUGAGAAUCCCAUUGCGGGAUUUGCAUUAGAUACUCAUUAUGGUCGUGUUAUUAGUUUUACUACAAGUGGUACAGACUUCCCUAUUGUAUGGUGUAUUCAACGUCUCUCUACUGUAAAAUUACACCGUCUGGAUAUCUCUCGAGUACUUCCCAAUGCCACAGUUGGUGAUCGUAUUGUAGUAGCAGCCGCUAUUGAUCCCCGAACGGCCCAUUCCAUUAUUAUCACUAGACGUCAUCUCAUCAUAUUUGAUCAACACGGUGAACCCUACGGUGUUGGCUCUCUUCCCACGGCAGAUGAUAAUAUACCGCACUUGGAGGAUGAAGCCGGACAAGUGGGAGUGGCGGUUGAUACGGCUCUUCGCUUUGUGGCCAGCAUGACCGCAGUGACGACGUACGAUACGCUCGAGUGGUCUGCCGGUGUUCUUUUGUUAAUCACCGGCCAUCAGGACGGCAGUUUGUCGCUGUGGCGGGCGGUGCGGCUCCCACCAGAGAAGGUCCAACACGGCCGCGUGGUGUUGAUUGAACAUCACAGUGUUAUUGUGCGGGGAGGGGAGAACCCGCGGUGUGGGGCAGUGACGGCGAUCCGGCAGCAGGAGCGGGACGUGCCGGUCUUUCUCGUCGGUUAUCACAGCGGGGGAGUGAAGGUGUUGAGCUUUGAGAAUAGAGGAACGGAAACCACAAAGACGAGCAAAACGUAA